AGCAGAAACGUUCGUGGUUUAACAUUUUAUUUCGUAGAAGUAGAAUAGUUCCGAUUGAUGGUGAAAUCCAGUGUAUAAAUAAGAGUCACUCGAUGUGUGUGUUACCAUUAUUUUACAUGCGUGUUUAAACUAUUUCUGCAGUUUAAGGAUUUGAAAUUCGACACUAUUUAGUGUAAUAGAUGAUAAUCUGUGAUUUAACAUUAAGACCUUGAAUUCAACUCACCGAGAUAACUAUUUAUACACACUUGAUGGGUAUGUUUAUUCACCUGAAACACAAAUGAUCACACCGGUAAUUACUGAAAACGGCUGUUUACCAUAUAAUUUAAAUGGAUAAUGUAGUUCAUUUAUGUAAUCUUCGAUGUGCCAAGUCAGCCAAUUGGAGAUUUCUAUAUCUGUAAAAAGUAAACGAUCAAGAGGUAGAUUAUUGCUGAUGUGCGAUAAAGUGAAACAAAUACACUCGGCUAAGAGCAAGUACAGUCAUGGAUCACAAACGACUAAACGAUCUUAACGCCGGAAGUAUUGAUGAUAAUACACGUGUUCCUGAUGAAAACUAUGCGCUGACCUCUGAUUCAUGGAAAAAAGUGAGAGAUAAUUUGGAGAGAGUACGGCGAGAAAUAGAAAGUUACAUUAAUGGUUCACAUCAAAACACAAGUCAUAACAAUAUUAAACAACCAGUAGAAAAUACAGAAGACACCCCUAUUUCACAUGGAAGGGGUCAUAGUUAUAGAAAAGAUGAUACCGACGCAAACCAGCCAAACAGAGAAACGGGUAAUAAAGACGACAGCGAACCAGUAUAUUCUACAUAUUUACAGUGUGGAGACAGAAAUAUUAUGUUGAUAUGCGAACCAAAGAAUAAACCACGUAAAAAAGUCGUGUACAAGCAAGAGGGCAACAGAAAUAUCAUGAUCAAUCUAAGAGUCAGUUCAAAUGCAUACCAGUUAGUACAACAGUUAAAAGGCUCUCAGAAUAAGCAGGUCAUUCCACUGGAUUCGGAAGGCUAAGUUUGGUUGGAAAUCAAACGCCGCAGUCAGGUUGAGUCUAGAAAGAAAUUUAGAUCGCCAGGUCAGAAGGAUUCAUUCUUUUCGGAAACAAGAUCGUCUGCCUCGUCAGAAAGCGACAAUCUUCAUUAUGACACACAUAAAUUGAUAUAUAGACGGGAUGUGGACGAACACAGUUUUCAUAGCGAUGCCCAUGGCAAAAAUGCGGAAUCGGAAAGUCGAAGCAUUGAAGAAAAUGCAUACGUAUUAAACACACAAGAAACUGAUGAAUGGAAGGACAGUCAGUAUGAAAUUCUAAGUAUUUCAGAAGAUAGAGAUCUACUAAAAAUGAGAUUUUCUAAAAAAAGAGCUGGAAAACAGGAAGAUUUAGAAAGACUUAUCCUAAGCCACCAAAAGGUUUGCGAUUUUCUGCGUGAUUCGUCAAAUGCCUUCGACGCGUCGCUUUGUGACUGGAUGUACGAAAGCGACGAAGACAUAUAUGAUUACAUCAAGGGGCAAAUACCACCAGGUUAUUCUCCUGGAGUAGAAGAAGUGAAUCCUGAAGACGACGUUCAAAUUGUUAAGUGGACGCAAAAGGAAAAUGAAGCCGUGUAUGAGUGGACAAGGAACAAAGACAUCGAGAAACCGCCGCACCAGCGAGCUUUACACAGUGUCCAUUCUUCUCCUUCUUGCAUUGUCCCCACUGUCCCCGUACGUAAACAACCGCCCUCUGAGGAUCCUGGCUUUGGAACAUCUCCACACCCGUCCAGACGAGACCGCAUUCAAGAUUGGGAAUGGUAUCGAGAUGAGCUUACCGAUGAAAAAGCCAAAAGGGAACUCGAACAUAAACCGCCAGGAACAUUCCUUGUGAGAAAGACUGCACCAAAAACUGCUGAGCCGGAUGGAUCGCUGCAUGUGUUCACACUGGAGUUUGUGAUCGAACACAGCCGAACCAAAAAACUCAUGAUAAUGAAAACUGGGGACGUGUAUCAUUUCAAGGAAUUCAGGCAGCAGGGACAAGAGACCCAGACAUUCAAAACCGUAUCUGACCUCGUGGCCAAAGUUCUUGCCAUUGGAUUGGAAAUCAAAGACCCCAGAACAAAUUUAUGGACUACAUUUCAAGUAAAACCGGUUUGGCUCAGACAAUGAGGUUUACCUUCAAGCGAAGGUUGCAGCAAACAUUUUGAUAUUUUGCCACAUGUGUUUCAACUUUAUAAAAAAUGUAACAAGUAAAUAUUGACAGUGUUUCUCACUCUGAAGUAAGGCCGGCGUUCGAAAUCCCAAUAAAUGCCAUACAUGUAGCGUAUGCCUUAUGAUUCUUGAGUUUAAAUAUGGAGUUAAGGAAUGGGUAGACAAUUAUGAAAAUGUUUGUUGAAGUGAUCGUUGCUAUUGUUUGCAGUUUUUAAUCUUUAACUUCAACAGUGCUCUGCGAGUAUGUACUUAUUAGAACUUCCUUACGCAUGCUUGCAGUGUGUUUGCAAUACAUGUCUAAGUAAAGCGUUUAAUUACCAUCCGCAUUUUGCAGAUAAUUGAUUUCUUGUUAAUAUUCCAUAACUAAACAUCCAUAUCAAUCAUAUCAUAAACUGUUGAAGUGUAUUUGUAUUUUAAGUGCAAACAUUCCUAUUUUGCUGAAUCACACAAUAUGUUAAAAAAUCUGACACAAAAACUAUUUUCGUUUUACAAAAAUGCAUCAAAUAUUUCAUGUAUUUAGGAUAAAAUUGCAUGUUUACAAUAUCCACAUUGCAAUUUAGCAAAUGCCUUAUAUGAACAAGUUGUAGGGAAUUUAAAAUGUAAACAUAGUGAAACUUAGUGGAGGGUUACAUUUUUUGUAUUGUACGAAGUAUUUUUGUUCUUAACAAUGAACUAAACGGGGUUAUGUUGAAAUCGUGUUAAUUCAGCUCAAUACUCGCAUUACAAAGACCAGAGCUAUUCGCUUAAUGUCACAUGUACAGAAUCGAACAUGGGGAAACAUAAUAUAGACACAAACACGGAAAAUAAUAAAUAUUGGGUCGCCAUCCGGAAACGGUCGAUUAAAAAUGCAUCAGGACUUAAACCGGUUUUAAUAAUCCGGUUUAAACAGAGGCGCAUACGUAUUCACAAGACGCUUAUGUGUACAUGAAAAUAGCAUAUCAAUUAAAUAAAAAGUAAUCCAACAUACAGUAUGUUUCUAUUAAGUUACCAUCAAACCCCGCUAUGGUUGGAUUUGAACCAAAACCACAGGUUAAUAACUUUAUGAGGAACAAUUAAGCUUAUAUAAGUAUCAAAAGUCAUAUGCUCAUAACUUUUUUAUAUUAAAAUACAAAAAACAUCACAUUUAACAACAAAAAAGCCAUUGGUUUUACCAAAUCUUCGUAGUAAAGUAGAGUUUUUUUUCAAUAAGCUGCUCUUAACAGUGACUAUAAGCAGAUUUUAUCUGAUGCUGCAUUCAAUGUAGUGGAAGCCUAAAGGGUUCUUUUCCAGAAACGCACUUUAUUUUAGAUCCAUAUUGUAAACUGUAAAUCACCACUAACUGCAAUCUUUUAAAACUUUUAACCAGCCAUUUAACCGUUUACACUUGAAAGGAAACACCUACACAUUGACUCGGUUGGGCGUUUUCAAUUGAUUGGCCAUAUAAACAAAACGUUUUGUUUUUUUAAAUGGUAUAUACAUAUAUUUUAAACAUAUUUUGACAAUUAACUUAAUAUAAUUAUUUCCAUGGUAUUGAGCUAGUAGACACAGCAUAACAAAUUUUCAUAGAACUUGUUCAUUUGAUCUCCAUCAAUAUGUGCACUCAUAUGGAUAAAAUGGCAAAAACUACAACAAAUCGUUCAGUGACAAUAAUCUUUAAUAACGUUUUAUGUCACUUCUAGUGGGAUGAAAUGCAUAUAGUGUACAUAUUUAUUUAAUAUAAUAUAAUUUCUACAUAAUAAAUGUAUUUGAGGAAGAUUAUCUGAAGAAAUUACACUUUUCGUAUGCCUACCGCCAAUUCAUUAUCAAGCUCUUGAUUUCAGUAUAAAUGUGUAUAUCACGUCUCUUUUGAGUAUUAUAAUUGCUUAUUUUGAUCAACACUUAUUCACUCUGAUAUAUGCUGAAAUGUUUCUGAAUGUGGCUUAAUAUUUAUAUAAUAAUACAUUAAUAAUACAAUCCUAAGGUCACCCACAAUCCAAAUGAAAUCCAUGCAUAAAGCCGCACUUAAUCACAAAAUGUCAAUGUAGUUUAAAUCUUACAUGACAAGAAAUAUAAGUUCUAUUGGAGACACUAUCCACAUUUCCACCAUUUACAUACAUGUUACCAUAAGCAUCAACAGAGAUGCCAGUUUCUUUCUGGGCUUCUGCAGAAUUCGGCACUGAUGGCUUCAUAUAUGUGGAGAACAUCGAACCUAUUUUUAAAUCCUCGUCAACAAUCUGAGUUAUAUCCGGAAUAAUUGUACCUCGAACUGUAAACAAAUACAAAAUGCUUUUUUUUCAUGAAUUUAAUUAUCCAUGUUUACGUUUCAUACCGACGCUUUAUAGGAUUGUUUGUUUUCAGAACAAUCCUUUUAAGGACAACGAGCAAAUAGACGAUUCCUUCACCUCAAAUUAGCAAACAUCAAAAUAUGUGUUGCAUGAUGUAAUAUGAUAAGAUGUUAUAACUCUAAAAAAUAUAACAUUCUUGUAAAUGACUUGAAUUUUAUCCGCAUGAAUUAAGUCCGUAAACGAGUUUAGCUUACGUAGAUCCGUUGUUCCAUGGUCGAAGGUUACUUAGGUUUACUCUGACUCACACUUGACAAGAUUGUACAUGCCUCUUGAAACUGCUAAAGGCAAUGCUUCCAUGUGACAUCUGAGACAUGUCAGCCACCUAAAUAAAAAGAAACCAAACUACAAGGUAAUAUGUCAAUAAGGCACAGACAUUCUUGAUACAUCAUGCAGUUUAAAAACGUCGUUAUUCAUAAGCUACAAUUAAGAAAACUAUUUGAUAAUAUGUAAACAUUGUGAAUUAAACAUACCGUAAUAGUUAUGUGUUUGCGAUAAACUGCUUUCAUUAAACAGCAGAAUAGCGUUGGUUGUCGGUAUCACAUUAUUUUUGUGUUUCAAACCGCCUUGUCUUUUUACGCACUUUCUUUUUUGCAACAAAAUAUCACAUAAAGUUCUAAAAUAAAAACACACCACAAUAAGUUCGUGUUUUUAUGUCUUUAAUUUAAACACAUUAAUUAAUUUCGUCAUUUAAGUAUAUUUUCCGGACUUAGACGUAGAUCUAUAUCCGAUCGUUGCCGAACGCUUUCCGAAUACAGCGUUAUCGCCCGCUUAUUACCGAUCUGACUACAGCGUUAUCGUCCGACUAUUACCGAUCUGAUUACAGCGUUAUCGCCCGAUUAUUACCGAUUAUUACCGAUCUGAUAAAGUCCAUAUUGUCUAAUGUUAAUCCAUCAGUUUUUAAUUUCCAUGCUUUAUUGAAAUCAACUUGUAAAAUUGAAAUUAUAAAUUUGUGUUAAUAUAUGAAGGAAACUCUAACCGUUAGAUAUUCUAUCACAAAUAAUAUUGUCAACGAAAACUAGUAUUCCCUUACUGCCAGUGAAAUGAUAUUAAACUAUGUAAUAUAAAAUCGUACUACUUUGUUAAUUAUACUUUGUUUCAAUUGUAAGAUUACAUUUUGUUUUAACCAAUUUUGUAUUGUAAUUCAUGUAUUUAGACGAUGUACAUUUGUAUAAGUCUUAAUAAACUGUCUGUUCUGUUCUGUU